UAGUUAGGAUUCAGGCUAGGGUUAGAGUUAGUUAGAGUUCGCGUGACAGAAUGCGGUAUUUCUAGUUAUUCCGGACAAGUGGCUGGGGCUGUGGCAACCGUGGCAAGUGCCUGCUGGACCAGGUUGGCUUUACCAAAUAUAGUUUAGAGGGCCGUCAAAUUACCAAACCAGGGCUGUUACUCUACCUGUAACCCUGCAACCCGUACCGCCUAACAGGGACCGUCCAGUCGCCGUUGUCGUUGCCGUUGCUGGGAGCUCUGAGCUGAGCUUGUCGCACCUUCCCCCCCCUCCUGCAGAAAACAACAUAUACGGGCUGGUGGUCAACACACUCUUUAGGAUCUCUAUUCAGGCCCUCGUUUUCCUUACCGCAGUACACGCGAUCAAUUGGUCAUUCUCUAGUUCCCGCCGUCCGCUCCCUAUACCAUAGGUAGUCAAGCCAGCCAAGCCACGCGAUUCCAAACACCACACACCACCCAAGACACCGCAUCGCCCUGUCGCAAUGGCCGACUUCGCCAACGACGCUGAGGUCUCCAGCGACGCCCCCGCGCAGCCUGCCGUCGAUGUCGAGAUGGAAGGCGCCGAGGCGGCCGACACUGCCGACAAUGCCGACAAUGCCGAUGCCGAGAACCUUCCCUUUGCCGAUGGCGGUGAGAGCGACCCCGUCGAGCCGCGCACCACCUUUGUCGACUACCUCUCCAGCCCUGUCGUCACCCUGCUCGUCGGCCAGGGCGACACAGAAACAAUAGUCACGGCACACCAGGCCCUCCUUACACAGAGCCCCUACUUCAAGGAGGCAUGCGCCCAGUUCAGCGACGAUGGCAGCCCGCGUCAGAUCGAGCUCGCUGGCGAAGACAUCGACGCCGUCGGCUGCUUCCUCGAGUUUCUCUACACGGGAGAGUACUUCCCCCGCAAGGUUGCCGGCACGCGCACCCUCGAAUCGGACCCUGCCACCCCCGAAGUCGACUCUGACGGCACCCAGCUGCUGAAACACGCGCGCGUCUACACGCUGGCUGACAAGUUCGGCAUGCCGAGCCUGCGGUCGCUCGCCAGCUCCAAGAUCCACUGCGUCAACUCGACGGCCAAGGGCGAGAUCGCCUACGCCCGCUACGUCUACGCCUACACCAGCAAGGACGACACCACCAUACGCGCCCCCGUCGCGAGCUUCUGGGCCACCCGGUCGCACACCCUGCGCGCCGAGGCCGAGGACGAGUUCCGUUCCCUGUGCUUGGAGCACCCCCAGUUCGGAUACGACGUGCUCACCCGUGUUCUCGACGAGAAGCUCAAGAGAGAGCGCAACGACAAGCUCCACCCCUCCUCGUCCACUGGAAGCGCCCGCAAGCGCGCGCGCCACAGCCAGGUCUAGGGCGUGUACCAAUCGCGUCGACGCCUCAUCUUCGUGGUGUUUGCUGGAGUUAUUUUGGCAUGUUUCGCCACACGCUUUGAUACUUGGAAAAGGAUAAGAGUCGCCAUGCUCAUCCACCCACGAGGGUAUAUAGCUGUUUGUGUGACUAAAGUACAUUUUGCCCGAUCAUUCAGGAGAAACCAGACGCCUGGCCGGGAUAGCUUGGGCAGAGGAGUCCUUGUAUUCGGGAGAGAUGAGGAUUUUUCCAACGUACGUCGUGCAGCUGCCCGGCCGUUACGCGGCUU